CAUGAAUUCGAUUCAACCAUCACAAUUCUUGUACAUCGAGUAGUCGAUGUCCGUUAUAUCCUAUCUCUCACCAUCCCUGUAGCUUUAUUGAUAUUGGGAAACGAAAGUGCUGCGACUCGAGGCUCUCGUCCGGGCUUCGUUUUGAAAAGUUGCAAUCGUAUUUUCAUCUGGACUGAUCACGUUCUUUUUGACCCGUGCGUAGUAAUGAAUAUUACAAGGUUCAUGACCGUGCAUGUUCCUAACUUACAAGUCUUCCAACAAGAUUCAAUCAUGACAACUAUUAUUCUCGCUUUUGUUUUGCUUUUCCUUGCGUCGUCCGUCUCUAGUUUAUACCGAAACGCUGAAGCAUUCAGAGCAUACAUAUCCUCACGAGCACCACCUGCUUCUACGGUAUCAACAAACGCUAAACCCAAGCCUUCUUCUUUAGACAACUCUCUACGUGGAUCUAUCCAGUGGUGGGAAGAUUUAGCUCCACCAUUUCACGAUGCAUCCGAAGACUACGUUGAUCUCGACGCUGAAGUUACACAUUUCCUCUUUUUGCUUCACGGACACAGGGGUUUUUCGAAGGAUCUGUCUUACUUGCAGUCCGUCAUGCAGCAAGUGGCUACUAUAGAAACUCGGGAAAGCAUGCGUGGAGCAAACUGCAUGAUGGAGUCGGAUGAGGAGACCAAGCCGAUCAAUGAGAGCAGUAACCCUAGAUCAACGACCGACAAGGUUCGCCGGUCGAAUGGUCGUCAAGAAAUGGUUGUCCACUCGGCCACAUGCAACGAGCGUAAAACUACUGAUGGAGUCGAGAAGGGAGGGGAGCGCUUGGUAGAAGAAAUGCUGACAACUAUUCGUGAGCAGAUGAAACUACGACAAGAUGACAGACCGAUCAAGGAUAUCACCAUUUCCGUGUUGGGAAAUAGUUUAGGGGGGAUCUAUGGACGCUAUGCUAUUGCGAAACUGACUCGACAUUGUGAUGAAAAAGUAGAUGGAUCUUGGCUCCUAGACAACCACUAUCGGAUCUACUUUAACAUCUUUUGUACAACCGCUACACCGCACUUGGGGAUUGCUGGUCACACUUUUUUACCGAUUCCCCGCACAGCCGAGAUCGGAGUUGCGCACGCCAUGGGAGAUACAGGUAGGGAUUUGUUCCGGUUAAAUGAUCUUAUGAAGAAAAUGGCGACAGAUCCGUCGUUCCUAGGGCCACUGAAACGUUUUCGCAAGCGCAUCGCUUACGCCAACGCAUAUGGAACAGACUUUCCCGUCCCAGCACAAACUGCCGCCUUUUUAUCGGAUACGAGCUCAUACCCCCACCAUUUUGCUGAAGCUACACGUGACGACGAUCCAAUCGUUGUUGAUGACAACGGGCUGGUUGUUGCCACAUUGCAUACGCCUCCUCGACAACUUCGAGGUGACCUUGCAGAGAUCAAGAUGCUCGACAUGGAUCAAAAUGAUGCGGACGAUUUGGCACGUAUGUCAAUGUCAUUGGACGCCUUGGGUUGGAAAAAAGUAUUUGUUGAUGUCAGGAAAGAAAUUCCCAACAUUUCCGUACCCAAAGUCUCACUACCAACAUGGAGAAACAAUUCAGCUGCCGCAGGCAGCAAUGAGCCCAACGGCCGGAGUUCUGAAGAGAGCUGUACGUCCGAUGACGCUCCUAUCAAUGAAGAUACAGAAGAAGAAAUGCGGGUAGAGCAGGCUCUGCAGCGACUUAAGCAAAGAGGUGUUGUAUCGUCCCGAGACGUUGCGGCCGCAGUGACUGCCCCCUUGUUUGAUGAAAAAGUUUACUGGCCAUCAGGUCACAAUAUGAUUGUUGCUUUUUCGCGUUCUCGGCUGAGCACUUACAUGAACAAAGCAGGACGACCAGUUGUUGAUUCGCUUGCCAAGGAGCUUGUCGAAGAUAUCUUUUCCUGGAACGCUUUAUCGACGGAGGCAAGCCCCUCUAUUCAAUCUUUCGAGAGUACUCCUGAGCCGAAGACUUAG